UCAGGUGAGAUGUUGAGCCCCAAGCUGCUGACCCUGGUGAUGGUGGUCCAGUCGGGCAGAGUUCUGCUGGGCAUGAAGAAGAGAGGGUUCGGGGCUGGAAAGUGGAACGGGGAACUUCAAGAAGAGAGCAGUCUCACUGUGGAUGUGCUGGAGAAGAUCGGAAAUAUCAAAUUUGAAUUUGUGGGAGAAGCGCAGCUGCUUGAUGUCCACGUCUUCAGAGCGGAUGCUUUUAACGGAGAACCCACAGAAUCCGACGAAAUGAGGCCUGAGUGGUUUGAGAUAGACAAAAUUCCCUUCGGUCAGAUGUGGCCUGAUGACAUUCUGUGGUUCCCCCUGAUGCUUCAGAAGAAGAAGUUUGCCGGAUACUUCAAGUUUCAGGGUCACGACGUGAUUCUCAGCCACACCCUGGAGGAGGUGCAGGAGGUCUGA